CCUGCCUAUGUCAAGGGUCACCGGAGGACCCCUAGUGACAUAGAAUUCAGAGAUGCCAUGCGCAAAGAUGCCCAGUCUGCCAUGAGCAAGGAGUUGAACAAGCUCUUGAUGACAGCUCCCCCUGGCUUGCAGGAUCGUGUGAGAAAAGAGUUUGAGGGAUUUGAAACUCUGUUUGCCAGAUUUUUGAGAGAAACAGGACCAUCUGUUGAAUGGGACAAGUUGAAACUUUUGGCUCCAGAAUCAAUCAGAAAGUAUGGUGACCUGCCGACCCCAGACACCAAGGACAUCAAAAAUCUUCUAGAUAAACUGGUUGUCAUCAAACUCAAUGGUGGACUGGGCACUAGCAUGGGAUGUACUGGACCAAAGAGUGCCAUCCAAGUGAGGAAUGAACUCACAUUCCUGGAUCUCAAUGUGCAACAGAUUGAGCAUUUAAACAAAAUUUAUGGUGUGGACGUGCCGUUUGUGUUGAUGAAUUCCUUCAACACAGAUGAUGAUACGCAGAAGAUUCUUCGCAAGUACAGUCAGAUCCAAGUCAGCAUUUUUACAUUCAAUCAGAGCAGAUACCCCAGAAUCAACAGAGACACUUUGAUGCCAGUACCCAGAAGUUUUGCAGAAGAUUCCAUAGAAGGGUGGUUUCCGCCAGGCCACGGUGAUGUCUACAAUUCAUUUUUCAACUCUGGGCUGCUAGAUAAAUUUAUCAGUGAAGGCAAGAAGUACGUCUUCAUCUCCAACAUUGACAACAUGGGAGCCACGGUUGAUCUGGGCAUAUUGAACUUUUUGCUGCAGUCACCGGAGAGCUCGUCUCCAGAGUUUGUCAUGGAAGUCACAGACAAGACUAGGGCCGAUGUCAAGGGUGGUACACUGGUUGAAUACGAAGGAAAACUCCGCUUGCUGGAGUAUGCACAAGUGCCUGCAGAUCAUACAGAAAAGCAGACUAUGCAGUCUGAGAUGAUUGUCAGUGUAUUAACGCUGGACAAUGGCAUGAAUGUGAUUCAGCUGGAGACAGCCGUUGGUGCAGCCAUCAAGAGCUUUGAUCGAGCUGUAGGAAUCAAUGUGCCUCGAAGUCGCUUCCUGCCGGUGAAAACCACCUCUGACUUGUUGAUAGUGAUGAGCAACCUCUAUGCUAUGAAGACAGGCUCCUUGGAGAUGUCACCCAAACGCUCCUUCCCCAGUGUGCCUCUCGUCAAGCUGGGCAACCAGUUCUCCAAGGUGAAAGAUUUCCUGAAAAGAUUCGCCAGCAUCCCGGACAUCCUGGAGCUGGAUCACCUGACUGUAGCAGGAGACGUCAACUUUGGAAAGAGCGUCAGUCUUCGGGGUACUGUUAUCAUCAUUGCCAAUCAUGGAGAGAAAAUUGACAUUCCUAUGGGAGCCAUUCUAGAGAACAAGAUUGUGUCUGGCAACCUGAGAAUCCUCGAUCACUAG